AUGUCGACUCACAAUACUUCAGACUGGGAGUCAGCUACGGAUACGGAUAGUUAUGAAGACGAACCCAAUAACAUGUUUAGUGCACCAAGCGCCACCAGCGAUGUCAUCCUACUGGUGGAGGACAAGCCAAUACACGUCAACAAAGCAAUUCUGUCCUUGGCUUCACCUGUAUUCGCCGCCAUGUUUGAACUCAACUUCAAGGAAAAACACGCAGAAAAGAUUCCACUUCCGGGCAAGAAGUAUGAAGAUUUUAUUGAGUUCCUUCUGUGCUUGUAUCCAAACACAGUUAAAGAUGUCGACCGAGAAAAUAUCGAUAUUGUGCUUCCCUUGGCCGAUGAGUACCAGGUGGAGAACAUAAAGAGAAGAUCAGAGGCUAUGAUUUUACUUUUGUUGCAAAUAAAAUAUGAAUCAUUAUUUGCAAAGGAUGUGGUUCACUUCUUGUUCCUAUCGGAUAAAUAUUCUUUUAAACAGGCACUCGUGGAAGCCACGAACAUUGCAACAAGUCACUGUUGUACCGAUCUAUUUGAGAUAAAAGAAUUCAACAGUGUCAGCUCGGCUGUCAAAAUCGACAUAACAACGACUGGAAAGUUUAAAAAACCCAGCGAGGUGUGUAUUAUUUGA